AUGAAGAAAAACAAAGAAUGGAGUAACGACGAUAUGUUUUUAUUAAUAGAUUUGUAUAAAGAGAAGCCGUGUCUUUGGGAUCCAACAAAUAAUGAAUAUAAAUUGAAAGCGAAGAGAAGUGACUGCUGGCUAGAAAUUGCUAACAUUCUUAAUUGCGAUGUCUCCAUCGUCAAAAAGAAAAUGGAGUCAUUGUUGAAUUCAUUUCGACGAGAGCGGCAAAGAUGUGCCGGUUUCGACGAAAUUUACUGUUCAACAUGGUUUGCGUUUGAAAAAAUGAAAUUUUUGCUAGACAAAUUUAGUCCGCGUCCGACACAAGAUACAUUGGUGUUGAUAUCUUACAAAAUUAAUGACAGAAAUAUAGAACAUUAUUUAGCAUAUUUGGAAAGUGGGUGGUUGUCGGAAGAUGACAUGAAGAAGUCUGAUGAAGAGGAGGAAAAUGUGCCUGAAAGUUACGAUGGAAAUGGGUUACUGAAUAUGUUAGAAAAUGUUGUUAUAAAAGAUUCGAGAAAUGCUGAAAUAUCAACCAUUUCUGAAACCCGUAAGUACGACACGGUCGCUACCACUGACGUGGCCACAUCUUGUACAGCAGCUGCACCAUCUGAUGCCAAAGAAAUCUGUAAAGAAAAUAGGGAUGUAACUACUUACGGACCUCUUCAGCAGUCUCCAAACUCACCAGCAGCAGAACCAUUUGGUGCCAAAGCUUCUGUUUCUGGAAUCUGUAACGAAAACUUGGAUGCUAAUACUUACGGAUCUCUUCAGCAGUCUCCAAACUCACAAGUAGCAGAACCAUUUGGUUCCAAAGCUUCUGUUUCUGGAAUCUGUAAAGAAAACUGGGAUGCUACUACUUACGGAUCUCUUCAGCAGUCUCCAAACUUACCAGCGGCAGAACCAUUUGGUGCCAAAGCUUCUGUUUCUGUAAAGAAAACUCAGAUGCUUUUACAUACGGAUAUCUACUACAGUCUUCAUGCAAACAAGCACCAGUACCAUCUGAUGCUAAAAUAG